AUGGAUCCUGAAGAAGGAGUGAGGGAGGACUACGGAACAGUGCCUACAGUGAUAGACGAUGAUGACGGUCCAGCGAGGGAUGAUGAUGAUUCAGCGAGGGAUGAUGACAGUUCAGUGAGGGACGAUGACGGUUCAGCGAGGGACGAUCACAUUUCAGCAGUGCACGAUGACGAUGACGGUUCAUUGGUGGACGAUGACGAUGACAGUUCAGAGCAGGACCUGGAUGCACCGGUUCCAGUGCGAAAUCCUGCCGCCAAUGCCUUUCUACGAGGGCUUUCGACCACCUCAGCACCACCUAAGCAUUGGGUCCACGUGUUCUCUAACUUGGAGAUUGACAGCGAGGAUGCCGUUGAUUCGAUAGCCUUAUUAACGAAGGAUUAA